UCAGAGUAUAACGGCGAUACAUCGAAAAAUAGUACCAGAACACAGAGUUCGCGAUGGUGAUAUCCAGAGCUCUACAUCGAUACGUCCUUCUGUACUGCUGUAUCAUAGAAUGCCUAGCUAGUGAGACGUCAGGUGGAAAUGAAGUCUCGAAAGUCAAUUUAACUCACGGAACGAAGCAAUCCAGGAAGCGUCGCUUCCUGGUCUAUCCUGAUAACGGAAGUUUUGCUGAGAUGAUAAUGGGGUUUGGUCUGCCAAUACUGAUUCAAGAUCAGUCACUCACCAUGGGAACAGUGGUCAAGUUCCUCUAUGGCGUCCCCACGAACUCUUCCGUAUAUCUGGAUUCUGUAUUUAACCGCGAGCGCCGAAGUGUUUCAAAGACUUCACGAUGGGAUAUUUAUUCCAUGCUGGAGGCAGCCUGUAGCAGACUGGGGUUGGACGGACGAGCCUGCGUUCUCAGAGCCAUCUGUGAGGCCGCAGACACAACACUGCAACACAAUGGCCUGGCUGGAGAGGUGCUGCAUGUUCUGCUCACGCCCUCGACAACAACGGAGGCCCGCAGAACCUACAUGGAUAGUGAGUACUACGCUGCAGAGAGGCUGGGAACGGAAAUUUCCGGAAAUUGUCACCUUUUGUACUCCGAGUGCGAAGUUGGGCUUCUGGAUUUUAUUUCUAAAGUUGAAUAUUAGUGUGCUUUAGUCUGUUUAGAGCAAAAGCAAACAUGGAAUUUUUGAAGCGAAAGAGGUUACGAGUAUUAAUGAAAGUGUAAUAUUUAAUUAUUUUUGAUAAUUACUAAAAGAUUCUAACAGUGGACCAGGAAGUGGCUUUGCUGAACUUCAUAGAUGCUCCAGUUCAGACCAAGAUUGCGGCCUCAGGUUGGUAGCUCGGGGAAAAACCGGCAAAAAUUGAAUUAUUUUGAAUAUUCGUUAAGAAAUGAGUUGUUGAACCAAGCCGGAGCUUACGAACAAUCAAGCCAGUUUCUUUCUUGUGUGUAGUUCCCCUGUACUUAAAUAUCCCCAAAUGAUAAAAUUUUCUUUAGUUUAAUUUGGGAAUUGUUGUCACAUUCUUGUCCUUGACUGGUAAACUUUUAUUCGGAAUUCACCUUAAACCCUGCAAGUUAAGCAUGAAAUGGGCUCAAGCCCUCAUCUUUGCUUGGUAAGCAGGAGUUCUAAAGUGUUCAGAAAACUAACAAUUUCGGCAGUUUCUGCAGCUUGUACAAAAAUGCAGUAACACUUUCUUUUUUUCGAUUUAUAUCGGUUUAAAGCAAACAAGUUUAUUCCUGAGUGUCUUGGACCGAACUGUGAACAUUAUACACACACUGUUUUCACUUAAAACACAACGUUUCGGAGACACCAUUCCGUUUCCGUCUUCAUGUAAACCCUACCCAGUUAUGCCCAAUCAAUA